AUCUUUGUCAUUUGACGUUUGACGGCAGUCAAGUAUUUUUAUUUUUUACCUUAUGCCAAAAUAGAUAAAUAAGGUCUUUUCGUACAUUAAAGGGAUAUAUUUAAGAAACAAAAUGGCGAGAGAAAUGCAAUUAUUUAAAUUGUGCAAAGGAACAUUUGGUCAUGUGCGCAAUUUUCACAUGACAGCUAUUACCAAUGCCGCAGCGGCUGAGGCCCAACCGGCCUCUCGUUUGAAGACCUUCGCAAUUUAUCGCUGGAAUCCCGACGAACCCGAUAAAAAACCUCACAUGCAAGAGUACUCUGUAGACCUUAAUGCUUGUGGCCCUAUGAUACUUGAUGCCCUCAUUAAAAUUAAGAAUGAAGUAGAUCCUACGUUAACUUUCAGGAGGUCAUGUCGUGAAGGAAUUUGUGGAUCUUGUGCCAUGAAUAUAGGCGGAAUAAACACCUUAGCCUGUAUUAGUAAAAUUGAUACCAGGGCUGAAAAAACAACAAAAAUCUAUCCACUACCCCAUAUGUAUGUAGUUAAGGACCUCGUUCCUGAUAUGAAUAAUUUCUACAAACAGUAUAAGUCCAUAGAACCAUGGCUGCAACGGCAUGAUGAUGGUCAAAAGAAAUCUGGCGACGUACAUCAGUUGUUACAAAGUAUGGAAGAUAGGCAAAAACUCGAUGGAUUAUAUGAAUGCAUUCUGUGUGCUUGCUGUUCUACAUCUUGCCCGAGCUAUUGGUGGAAUGGGGACAAAUAUUUGGGCCCCGCCGUUCUUAUGCAGGCCUAUCGUUGGAUUAUCGAUUCAAGAGACGAAGCCACUGCGAAACGUCUCGAUAAAAUGAGAGACCCUUUCUCUGCCUUUAGGUGUCAUACCAUUAUGAAUUGCACCAAGACCUGCCCUAAGGGACUGAAUCCGGGAAAGGCCAUCGCAGAGAUUAAGAAAUUAUUGGGAGGUGUGGCGAAAAAAGACGAACCUGGACUUAAAACGGAUGCUUUACAAAACUAAUAUGAAGGAUAGUAUAAGAUCAUAUUUUUGUGAUAAAUAAGAUAAACCUGUAAUU